AUGUCUGUGGAAGAAGUUACCCAAAAAGCGCAGGAUUUGAGCAUCGAGCAGCCUUCAACUGUGCUCUCUAACGAGAAGGAGUUUCAAUUGAAGCACCCGUUGAACUCAAAGUGGACGCUAUGGUACACCAAGCCACCUGUGGAUAAAUCUGAAUCGUGGUCGGACUUGCUGCGUCCAGUCACAUCGUUUGAAACCGUGGAAGAAUUUUGGGCCAUUCACAAUGCUAUCCCUAAGCCUCGCUAUUUGCCAUUCAAAUCAGACUACCAUUUGUUCCGUAACGACAUCAGACCCGAAUGGGAAGACCCAACUAACGCCCAAGGGGGUAAGUGGACGCACCAAUUUUGGGGUAAGACUCCUGACAUUGACGACUUGUGGAUGCGCGCUCUUCUAGCGGUCAUCGGAGAAACCAUUGAUGAGGAUGAUUCCGAGAUCAACGGUGUCGUCAUCAACAUAAGAAAAAGCGCGUACAAGAUUGCCAUCUGGACCAAGAGUGCAGACAAUAAAGAAGCUUUGACCAACAUCGGUUCCAAGUUCAAGACCGUUUUGAAGCUGGGCGAGGACUCCCAGUUGGAAUUCUUGCCACACUCUACUGCCUCUGAAAAACACCCCCAACCAUCUCUAGUUUUGUAA